GACACUUCUACUAUGUAGCGCGUAGUUGUCUGUCAGAAAUAAGUUAAACAAGUUAAAUUUUUAAAGUGCCAGAAUAUUUUGACAGAUAUACCAUGCAAGCAGUCAAGGAUUUAUUUGGCUUCCUGCUGUCUCUCUCAAUGCUAAAUGUGAUUAUAUCCGCCUGCAACUACUUUCAAAAUUUAGAAGCUGGGCAAACAUAUUAUGUAUAUAAUCCUGGUUUUCCUUAUAAAUAUGAAAGGGAAAGUCAUUGCACGUGGACAAUGCAAAGUCGCUAUGUUACUAAAAUAAAUUGCAGUGUUAAUAUGCCAGCGUUUAAUAAUGAUUGUACUCAAGAUAGUCUUUCUAUCCAAUUUAGUGGAGGAAAUGCACAGAAAUAUUGUGGUUACGGUACACUCGUUCUUGAAGGAAUAAAUCCAAUUAUAAAAUUAAAUCCAUCAUAUUACACGCAAGGAGGCACAUUUUUAUGCGAAAUUCGAACAGAAAAACCGUUUGAUAAAAACAAUUGCAAAUGUGGUUGGAAAAAAGUAACUAAAAUAGUAGGCGGAACGGAAACUGGGAUAAAUGAAUAUCCUAUGAUGUGUGGACUCGUUGAUAGUACUAUGAAAAUGAUAUAUUGUGGUUGUACUAUAAUAUCUCAACAAUACGUAGUAACAGCAGCUCAUUGUGUAGAAGAUAGAGAUACCUCUAGAAUCGGCGUUGUUGUUGGCGAACACGAUGUAACAAUAGGUAGCGAGACCAAGGCAACUAAAUUGUUCCGUGUUAGCAAAUGCAUAAUGCAUUCUUAUUACAAUGAAAUUCAUAACGACAUAGCUGUUUGUAAGAUUAUUGGUACUAUAGAAUAUAGUGCUGAAGUUGGCCCAGUCUGCUUACCAUUUCAACGUAAACGAGACACAUUUGGAGGUGCUAUUGUUGAUGUGUUGGGCUGGGGUUUAUUAGGAUUUGCCGGCGUCAAAUCGACUACGUUACAAAAAGUAAAAUUAAAUGUAAUAAAUCUCAUGCAAUGCAAAUACUAUUAUCCUAAAAUAACUGAUAACAAUAUAUGUACUUAUGCUUCGGGGAAGGAUUCUUGUCAGAUGGACAGUGGCGGACCUGCCUUAUGGGAAAAUCCUAUCACACAUAAGCUUGUAUUAGUCGGUAUUAUAUCUGCUGGUAUUGGUUGUGGUUCAAAUGUACCUGGUAUUGAAACACGUACAGGAGCUUUUGUUGAUUGGAUAGUAUCUGUAACACCUGGUGUACAAUAUUGCACAGCAGAAUGAGUUUUGCAUGAUACUGAAAAAGAAAGAUUUAUAAAAUUUUGGAUUUGUAUCACCGUUUUUUGUUCGCGAGUUUUGCAAAAUAAAUAUUUUGAAAUAUA